AUGCGACUAGUGCAUGCACUAGCUGCCAAAAGAGACGCGUUAGAUGCUCUGGAACCAUUCCCUCCUGGUAAAAAGCGUGGUCCAAAACCAAAUAAACCGAUGGCCGAUGCAACUUUAUUUACUCAAAAACAAGAAUAUGAUACUGGCCCAUCUGGCCCAUACGUGGACGAUAAUCAACGAUUGUGUAAUGGGAUCAUAAAUUCUAUGCAAAUAAAUGUUCGUACUACAUCAACCGAAUAUUUGAAUUAUUUAAAUCAAGAACAACUAUAUAAUAGUGGUACUAUUGCCCAAGAAAUUAUCGAUCCUUUUCAAGUUGGUAAUGCUAUGAUAAAUAGCCAGAAUGCUGGGUUUAAUCAUGAACCCAUUAUGAUACUACCUAGGUUAUAUUCUUUUGUCCCUUUUAUUUUAGAAGGUCGUUUAGAACAUUCCGAGUAUCAGCAUGAUAAUUUAAGCCUAGCAUACAAUAGUGAUAAUAGCUACGUAGCUCUUAAUUUCAAUCCUAAUAGAGGACAUUCCUACUAA